AUGUUCGAGUCCCUGCUCGCGGACGCCCUGAACGCGGCGCUCGGUCGCUACUGCGUGGGCAUAGACGCCGAGCGCGUGCGCGUGUCCGCGUGGGCGGGCGACGUCGAGCUGCACGACGUGCAGCUCAAAGCAUCCGCGUUGGAACUUCUGGGAGCACCGAUCGUGGUCGACGCCGGCGUCGCGCGGUCGAUACGAGUGCGCGUGCCGUGGACGAAUCUAGGGAAAGAGGCGGUGCGAGUGGAGAUCGACGGCGUGUGCGCGCUGGCGAGUCGUCGGGAUGGACGAGAGGCGGCGAGCGCGGCGAGAGCGGCGGCGGAGACGCGAAUGAAAGAUCUGGAGAACGAACGAGGGAGGAAACUGCGAGAGGGUGAGGCGGAUUGGUUGCGAGCGCGCUUUGGAAUGAUGUCUAAGUCGGCGGUGGAGGAGAAGAAGAGAGGGAACUCGUGGUACUGGCGGACGCUGACGACGGUGCUGGGGAAUUUGCAAAUCAAGGUGACCAACGUGCACGUGCGAUACGAGGACACGAUUACGACACCCGGACAUCCGUUCGCGUGCGGGAUGAUGGUUGGAAGCUUGAGUGCGAUCACGGUCGACGAUGAGGGGAACCCGACGUUCACCACAGGGGGAGCGUUGGAGAGAAUCAGUAAACGCGCGGCGUUGGAAGACUUCUCGUGGUACCUGGACGCGGGGACCGAGGCGAAGAUGUGGAAAGAGUCGCCGAAUUGGACACCGCCAGACAUACGUGACGCCGAGGCGUGGCGAGCGUUGUUCGGGAUCGGGAAGAGCCCCGAGGCGCAGCGCGCGAGGGAGUUGCGGCAAUACAUGUUGCACCCGGCGACGAUUGAACUGUUUUACCAUCGCAAAGCGAAGAGGGAGCAGACCGAGGCGAACGAACCGAGACAAAAGUGCGUGCUGAACUUUGAGCACGCGCACGUUGGAAUGAGUCGCGAGCAAUAUCACAGUAUGGUGCGCCUUGCGGAGGUUGUGAACCAAUAUCGGCUGCGUCUGCCGCACGCCCAGCUCCGUCCUGAGAGCGAAGGCGUGAACGUGGAUCCGCGCGCAUGGUGGGCGUACGCGGUGUCUGCCAUCGUUUCGAGAAAGAAGAACGUUUCGGGUAUGUUCCAGUGGAGCGCAAUCAAAGAAGCCGGACGUAAACGCCGCAUGUAUCUCGCUAUGUACGUCACGGAGGGAGGCGCGUACAAUCCCGAUUUUCUGCAAGGAAUUGAGGACAUUGAACGAACGCUCGAUUUCGAGGUCGCUCUCGCGUGGCGAUGCAUCGCGCACAACCAGACGAAGAUCAUGGAUAACAGCGGUCGUCCGGCGUCGAUCGCGCAGAGAGCGAGGAAAGACGUGCUCGACGCCCUGCAGAAGGAGGAAUCAGGAAAAGCUGGCUACCUGUCGUGGAUGUGGUCAUCUUCAUCAAAGCGUCUUCGCGAAAACGCCAGUGGCUUUCUUGAAAAGUCCAGUGACGAUUGGAACAAGUUGGAAGAGCUGAUAGCUGGAGGCGAGGAAGAGGAUUUUGAUCCACGUGAGCUCGGCAUGGAAUUUAGAGGAACACUGAAUAAACUCACAGUGGAUCUCAAGGAACGCACCAAGGAUGGCAAAGACGAGAGAAUCGUCAUUAAAUCUACCAUGCUAGGAACACGCAUCACGUCCAAGUCGUAUAAAAAUAAAUCGACCGCUUCCUUCAGCAUAGAUGGUUGGACGUGCGAUACCGAGGAUGAGUGUGUGUUGUCGAGCGGGAUGGGCGCGACGCUGCGUAAGUACGCUCUCGAAGUUCAGCAUCAUUCAUAUCCUUUGGAGCACGAGCUAGAUGCGAAGGUCGACGUGAGGCUUGCGCCUUGUUACGUGGUUAUGCAGGGUAAACUGAUCGCUGAGCUGAGAUACUUUUUCAACGCUGAAGAAUUCGAGAAAUCGAAUUUGGCCUCACUGGAAGAAGAGGCGAUAAUACAGCUCGAUGCGGCUAAGGAAUCUACGACGGCUGCGCUGAAAGUUUUUGCUGUGACUCUUGACGUCCACGCGCCAAAGGUACGGGUGCCAGUGACGCGACGCGGAAGAGUGUUGUUUCAGACCAUGAUCGAUUUCGGUCACUUCACACUGUGCGCCGAUCCUCGAGAUCCAACAGUUACGUAUCACGCCAAAACUGGAGCUCCGGCGUAUCAAACGGUCACAGUCGUCAGUAAAGAUAUGGGUGUUUUUCUAGCUCCACCAGACUUUGACUGGAAAAGCACGACGGCCGCCAAGAUGCGUGAAGUUUGCGAGACCCUCAUCGCUCCGUGUGAUGCGAGUAUGAAAUUCGCCAUCAAGGCUGCCGGCUGGACGCCGGAUGCGGGACCGCGUUCAAAAGCGCAAAUUACAAUGGAUACGUUCAACAUGUACAUGUCUCCGUCAAAGCUUGCCCGGUUAUACGCGACAAUGGCAGUCGCGUCGACCGCGAAGGAGUCAUCAGCAGCGCUCGUUGGAGGCGAUGCAGGAAACGACAUGUUGUCCAUCACUCCCAAGCCGUGGUUCGGAGCACUGCUGAGCGGUGCCGCUCGUGCGAUGAAAGUUGGCAUGUUAGGAGGAUCGCGAGGGUAUAAAAACAGAUUUCUUUGCGUUCAGGGACCGUACUUGUACAUUUUGGAAAAGCCAGACUCGGAUCGCUACAUCGACACUGUGCGAAUUGGUUACAACUCUCGUGUGAGCGUACUGGACGCCGGAGAAGGUCCUGCAACGCCAGGUUCGCCUAGCGUACAGGUCGACGAUCAGUUAUUCUCAUCUGUUCUGGCAAUUCACGACGCUAAAACGCCAAAGGCGCGCGCUGCGGAGGCGAACAACACGUGGUUGUUCCGUUUCAAGGACGCGCAAGAGUUCGAUCGGUGGAAGAACUGGCUGACAGACAUGAAUGAGGUCUCUUUGGCAACGAGAGCGACGCAGCCAGCGGUUGUGGACACUGGUGAGAACAUAGAAGUCAGCUCUGCGAAAGAGGAGGCCCAUAGCGAAACUAUCGUCGAAUCUUCCCUCGUUAUGGAGCUCGGGAAGAUCUCCGUCCAACUCUCAGGUCAACCGAUGGGAAUAGCAGACGUUCCAUGUCAAGGUUUAGAACACGGUGGCGUCGCACGCGCACUAAGCAGAAACUUGAAGGAUUCUACGGAGGUACCGAUCGUAACGUUCAUGGCGACUAACGCUACCAUCAAUACGCGAUCGACUGAACACAGUCAUGAAUAUGACAUGGAAUUUUCUACCAUUGACAUUGUAGAUGAACUUUGCAGUUCGGCUGAAAAGAUGUGUCUCAUGAGCACGCGUGAGGCUAAUGGCGUCAAGAUUCGAUUAAAUUGCAAGAUUUUGAGUCCGAACGCGCCAGAGUAUAAAAAUACGGAUUCGAUCGUUCGACUGGACACAGAUAGCGUCAUCUUUUCAGUGAACAGGCCAACAGUGGGGUCGUUGAACCGACUGAAAGAGGAACUCCAAAUUAUCAUGGCGGCGUUCUCUGCGACAAAAGCAGAAGUGAGCAGAUCUCAGUCGUCAAAUCUAGAUUCAUUGAUCGCCGGCGAGUCCAAACGAAUCAUUUCUCAAACGGUGUUGUGUUUCCGAUCUGUCAUCGUGACUUCUUACCUAGAAAGAAAAGCCGAUGAGAAAGUUCUAACACCGCUUUUCGAUUGCGCAAUGGAGGAUAUGAAAAUGGACAUGCGCUCAAGACUCAACGUUACCGAGAUCUCCAUGUCAUUUGGUAAUCUCCGCGUCGGAAACCAGUUUUUGCCGGAAAAUAACUUUUAUCGAAACGUUUUUGAUUUGAAGUCAUCGGGCGCGUCAAAUACGAGUCAAACUCUCAUAAACGUGAGCAUGCACAAUCAUCUCUCUUCAGACUUUCCUGGAUACGAAUACGACAUUCAUGUCAAAUUCCACAACGUUAGAGUCAUUUUUUUAUACUCUUUCAUACAGAGAAUGUUGGGUUACACCUCCCUUUUCUUGCCUCCAGCGAUCCCCGUGAGUGCGCUACCAGAGAUGGAGAGGAAUGCAGAGUUAUUGCGAAGAGGCGAACCGAGACCAUUCACGAUGAAGUACGUCGUCGAAAUGAAGCGCCCCGAGAUCGUCUUUCCGCGAAGCAGUUCAUCCGAUCAAGCUUUCUCCAUGGAGGCUGAAUCCUUGCAGAUUACCAACGAACUUGAAUGGAGUGGUGGUAGAUCACAUCUGGAUCUCGGAGCCGUGCUCUUGGACACAACGAAAGUUUCAUUCAUUAACUGCGAGGCGUUCACAUGGGAGCGCUUCAAGCGGGCGACAUCGAUGCUACCUCGCCCUGGUGGUACGUCCUUUGAUGUUUUAGCUCGUAGACCGCUUUGGGAUGCGCACAGUCAAAUUCCCUCCUCCGAGGUCAUCGUUAACUUCUUGACGGAUACAGAAAUCGAACUGAACCAUGCCGAGUAUCACCUCCUGAAUGCUCUUUCGUGUGAAAACUUUUCCGAAGUUGUGGAAGUACCACAGCCACUGUACAAAACCACUGAAAUUGCGUCCGCCGAGCUUGCAGAAGGAGAUAAAAUGGUGCCGCCGCACAUGCUCGUAUCUUUGAAUUUUGAUAAAUUGAGAGUAACGACGUUUGCAGCGACUGAGCGUGGGCACCGAAGUAAGCCACUGGCAGCAUUCGAGCUUGCGAAUAUGCACUUCUUCUAUCAAAAGAAGAAGAGUGAAGAAAUAUCAAUGUCGUUGAUUUGUCCGAACCUUGCGCUCCUGGAUGUGCGAGCUGGAACUUCACUUGCGGCUCAGCAAGCGUUCGGGUCAAGUCUUGGCUCAGAUACGUCAAAAACACUGUUCCGAAUUGAUUUCAAGAAGACCGCGACAUCGUACGAUUGCAACGCACUUUUGCAGUCUUGUAGGAUGAUGUACAAUCCUCAAUUUGGUUUGGCGAUCUACAAGUUCUUUUCUGAGACGGAAGAUGCAUCUGAUUCGGGUCUUGUCAAUGCACGUUUGAGACAAGACGUGUACUUCGGUACGCAGUCUCGAGUUCAACUUGCCGAAGACGUGGAGCUAUGCGCGUCCAAACGCAUCCUUUGCAACUCUGCCGAAGGACAUGUAGAAUCAGAGCUAUGUAUGCAAGGGCAUGAAUUGGUUUUCCAUGUGUCCAGUGAUCCACUCAUCUACGUAGGGUCCGGACGAACGCUGCGUCUGAUCAACGCUCGAAUCAUCAUACCCAUAGGCACGGAGUUGUGCGAUUUCGUGCAUCUCGAACCAGAUUCUCAACUGCUUGUAGAAGAAAGCGACGGUAUUGUGAUUGUGCGGGAGAAUCGUGAACGGUCGCAGCAGCAGUCCACCGCUGAGCCAAGUUCGUCGUACGAUUUUCACAUGAAGGCAUUAAUGCCCGGGCUUGAGGUUGUCUUUUUAGAUGCUUCACAUGGUGUAAGCGAUUACAUGCUUCGCGUGCGAACCGAUGCAGAGUUCAAGUACGCAUCGGAGGGCACAGAUCAAGAGGGUGCGUUCGCUUUUUCGGACUUCCAAGUAUCAGUGAGUGAGUGGGCAAAUGCGUCAGCAAUCGUCGACUCGAGUGCCGUACUCAAACCAAUGGAUAUCGAUGGGAGCUUCCAAGCAAAGCAAGAAGACAUGGAAGUGAUGCUGAGGACCACUAAUUGCGACUUUGAGCUGGACGCGGAGUCCAUCGAACGACUUCUCACGCUUUCCAAAGGAUUCAACGCUACUCUUCAAUCCACCGGUCUGUACAAUCAAACGUUUGAGUGCUCGCAGUUUGUCCGCGUUGGUGCACACGAUGGUCGAGCAUCUUUCUGGCGUCCAAUACCUCCACGUGGAUUCGUGCUUCUUGGUGACUGCGUCACUCUCGACGGCAAACCGCCGUCUCAUCCCGUCACGGUACUCACGGACGCUGAAGGUUUGACGAAGCCUCCGUUGUGGUACGAUCAAGUCUGUAAAUUUGAAGGCGGCAACUCGACCACGACGGUUUGGCGCCCUGUGCCACCCGAUGGAUAUUACGCAUUUGGCUGUAUCGUUACGACAGGUGAAGAUUUACCAGCAGUCGAAAUCAUGCGCUGUAUACGUUCAGAGGUGACGCGAGGUGCAAACUUCGGGGCAUGUUUCUCUCAAGUUACAUCAUCCGCUUUCUUGAGACAAGUGAACAACGGAUCUCGCACGUUCCAGGCGUUCGUAGACGGUGGCACCGGUCCUUCAAUACCGUUGGAGUUGCGAACACCGUUAUUGGCGGAGCCUUAUCCGCUCACUGCGCCGUCUGCACACGCCGUGAAGAAUUUCGAUACCAGUAAUUCGAUGGACGAGUUUGGCUCUGGCCGCAGCUUGUCCAUCACGACCACCUAUGACUGUCAUCGAGUUUGGGUGGACUCGGAGCGAGCUGGCAGCCGGUGUGUAUCGAUUUGGAGACCAGCGCCGCCUCAAGGCUACGUGUCUCUCGGUGAUUGCCUCGUUGUCGGACCUGAACCUCCAGCUGCAGGCAUACUGAUCGUGGAAGGCAACGGCGACGCGACGGCACAUCCAACUGGAUUCAUGCUUUUGGGGACACUUCCCGCAAGUGAUCGUUCGUCGCGUGCUAUUUGGGAACCGAUCAAUCCACCCGGUUACGUUUCGUGUGGUGUCGUCGUUACUACGGACGACUCGAAUCCACCGGAGUUGACGAAAUGUGCGUGCAUUCGAAAAGAUUUAGCAACAGAAGUCUCGAGAGAUGGGACAUGCAGCGACCGAAGUCAAGUGACUUUCGAUGCCAUUUUUGUUGAGGAUGCCAUCUGGACGUCUAAAUACGCAAGGUACUCCUUGUGGUCGUCAGAUCCAGACGCACCACUCGCGCAUCUUCCGCGCUGGGGGUUGUUUAGUUACGCGAAUGGAUCGUUUGCUCCUUCGCGGAUGCAUCGACCAAGGUUGUCCGUUGUCGAUUACUUGAAGGCGCAAGUGGACAAAAAGAAGCGAAUUGAUCCAAGUAUCUCGCUUAGAAUGUCCAUGUCGCGAAUGAGUCUGGUGCUUCUUGAGCAGGAGGCGUACUCGUGUCCACUCGUCUGCGCUAAUUUGUCCGACACGAUGCUCGUCGUCAAUGGUACAUCGGCGCACAUGGAUGGAAGCACCAUGUUUAACAUCGCCGUAUCGUCUUACAAUUCGUCGCACAAUGCAUGGGAACCCGUCGUCGACUCAACCAAUGCGCACUUGAAAUUUUCAUUCAGUGCAACUGGCGAUGAGAGCGCGCCGCCGGGUACCGCAGUGAGUGUCAAGACUGUCUCGCCUCUUGACGUGACAAUUUCCCACGGAUUUGUUACGUCGUUGCUCAGAUGGACGAAGUCACAAGCUGGCGACGCUGCGAACUUUAGCAAGAGCUCACAGCCGCGGGCCGCAGAUGAAGAUGCGAUUCGGUACGAGAAUCUUUUAGUGGAUCAAGACAUUUACCUGCGCGUUGGCUCGUCUGAAGUCAUCUGUCUCAAACCGGGGGAAUCGAGCGAGGUGAAAACAAAAAGCAAACGAGUACCAUUGUACACGUUGCCAUCGGAUGCAAAUCUGUCCAAGUCUGCGUACAGCGGCGAAAGAGCGCCUGCGCGAGCAAAUUGGUACAUGACAGUCAAAUGCGUCUCAGCUGAUGUUUCUACGGAGAACGAGAUGUCCCAGGUCGCCGUUUGGUUGGAAUUUCGUUUCCCAGAAGAGAACCUUGGUUCUACGGAAGUGCGUACGCGCGCACAGAUGUCAAAGCUUGCAAAUUCGUCCACAUCGGUCACUUGGAACGAGACAUUCCACGUGAUACCUCGAGUAUCACAUACUUCCAAGAGAGACUGGCGCGAUUACUCUGAGGAUGUGCUAGUUACGUUGACAAUCGUAGAUGAGCAUGCCGUUGGAGCCGUCAAGGCAAAGCUCGCGACGCGCUCCAUGACGCUUCGCUCACUCACUGAACUGCUCAUCGGAUCAAAAGACGCGCUGAUAGGCGAAGGUAACGUGCGGCUCCCGCGUGCAUGUGGCGAAGGUGCAUUCGAAGUUCGCGUGGGCGUUGAGAUCCACACCAUAGAUAGUAAACGCGAGCGCGCACAAGAUGACGGCGAUUCGGCCAAUCAAGCCCCUGACAUCUCUAUCGCGUUCAAACCUAAUGGCCCGUGGAAAUCGAUCGACUCUCAAACGACAAACGCCGCUCAAAUAAUUCACGACGGUAAGAUUUCACGCUGUAUUGCGAAGUCUUCGGGACCGAGCGCUUGUGCGUUUAAACCAGUGGCUACCUUUACGAACAAAACCAUUCACGAUCUGGAAGUUUGUGUUUGCCCGGCAGGAAUGCACCCAGACGAUGCACCCGGUCGCUUGAUCUCGAAAAAAUCUCGACGAAUAUACGAAGAAGUGUACGAGAAUCAAAGACGAAUACCUAUGGUUGGGUUUUCAUCGAACCACUUGCUCCCGACGGAGCGCAAAGCGUGGUCCAACGGACAAGGAGGAGACAGCAAGCAUUCAAUCGAUGAGUACGCUUGCCGCCUGCUGCCAUCGGGAUUCCGGUGGGACGGUCAAUGGGAAGUACACGUCGGCGAAAAUACGGACGCAGAGGGAUGGGUUUACGCCAUCAACCUUCCAGAUCUCAAGUUCCCGUUCCGCGCAGAGCAACGUCAAAGUCCACUUUCCAUGGUGCGAAUGCGUCGAUGGAUUCGAAAACGCGUACCGAUAACGGACACAGUUAUGUCACUCUCAAUGACCGACGACGCCGCGCUCAGGCAACGAGUCAUCGUUAAGCCGAAUGAAUCUAUUGGAUUGAUACCCGCAGUGAUUGGUCCAGAUGCACCAGCCGAAAUGUUUUUACGAUACUUGACAUUGCAAGGUCCUUCGUCGUGGUGUUCUGAAAUGGAUGAGGAUGAACAUCGACGAGCGUGGUCGUGCAUGAUCGCUCAUGCGAUGGAAGGUGCAGAAAUUGCUUUCGCGAAAGAUUCCACGGGGUCGAUACGAUUUAUUGGUAUCCAAGUCGAAGCCGAUGAGGUCGGCGCAAAGUUAGGCGCAGAUGCUACCGGGUUCGAGGAUUGUGAGAUGCUUGAGGACGGUUACUACAAUCUCAGGCCAGAAGCCAUGGAGUGGAAAGUCUCAGUAGUUGCACCACACGUUGUUGUGAAUCAAUGCCCAAGGACGAUGAUGAUAACAGUAUUUCAAGGAACCACGGGCGCACCGCUGAGCGUGAAAGCAGUCAGCAGCGCCACCAUCACUCCAGGAGGUUCUCUCCCGAUCUACAGUGUAAAUCCAGAGACGCCGUACUACAUACGCGUCGCGCUCGAUGGUGGCUAUGAAGAAAUGAUUCCGGCCAACUUUUUGCUACCCGUUUCGCCCAUGUCAGCUGAAGCCUUACGUAAUACUGGGACUCUGGACGCUGCCUUGAAUGCGUUGGAUAACUUUGAUGUUCCUUUCAUUUCAUCGGAGAGCAACGCUGGUGCGUCCUCUACCGCGGAGAGCAUCACGUUACGAAGUGUGGAUGGCAGAACGGCGGUUCUUAACGUUCGUAACAACUUUGGGUUCCUGUCCAAAUCAGCACGUGAAACAGUUUUUGCUGCACCUCUGAUUAUCGUGAAUAAAUCUGGCGUGGACCUCGUCAUCAGAACUUCAACGGUGGAUGUAUCGACAGUGGAAGAAGAUGAUUCGCAUGCAGUUAAGGUGAAAUUUCUGCAAACUUCCGUUCCUACGUCCACGCGUGGCGUGCAGCUGUUACGAGAAUUCUCCCUCCAAGCGGCGCCCAAAGACGACAAAAUCACCAUGUUUGAGGUGGGAGUGGCGAACACCGCUCCUGGAUCGAAAAUGUAUCUCUCGCCGGCGAUGGAUGAGCGCGAUAUUCAGCGUGGAACCAUCAUCGUACGAGCGACUUGUCCGGACGGAUCGCUGUACUCUCUAGCAGUUCGAAUGAAUCAAGAUAGCGAGUACGCACAGUACAGUUCGCGGGUCAUUUUGAUCGAACCACGAUGCACGAUUACGAACCAAACCGGGAGUGUCGUUCUGAUGGCUACAAGCUCUGAUCAGAGGGAAACGUCAUCGUUCACCCUGAGACCGACCGACACUGUGGUUCCUCUAAAGAUGCAAACAGCGAACGACGAUGGUACGGUUCGAUUCAAAUUACCGGACUGCAAGUGGUCCGCGCCGAUUAACUUGUACGGUAUCAAGACGAUCAAGGACUCAAUGAAGAUUCCCAUUUUCACCUCGGAGCACCUGGAUGAGUUUCAGCUACUGAGCUUGCAUGUCGACGUCGCGAGUAUUGGAGUUUCAAAGGUCAGUCUAGCCGUAGAGAAUCGAUUCCAAGCGAACAUAAUGGUCGAGAACACGAGUGAUGUCGAUAUUAUCGCAUUUAGGCAGGCUGGGGCGAGAGAAGACGAGCCGUGGAGGAUUUGUCCACCUCAGUCUGCCAGGCCUUUUGCCUGGUCUCGCCCGCAAGAUGCGAGACAACUCGCCAUUCGAGUACUUCAUAAAGGCUCGCUCGAAGGUUCGUUUGAGCGACUGUACAACUUUGACGGUGGCGAUGCUUUGCUGGAGGACGAAGUCUUACCCGGUUUGCCGGUUCCGAAGAUUGAAUUGAAAACAACGACAAAGCUUGACAUCGAUGGUGGCGAUUCGGUGUAUUUCAAUUUCCUUCCCGUCACGCGACGCUUGAGAAGAGGCAUGCGCAUAAUUCGCGUGAAGUCUUACGGAAGUUCCACAAUUUCGAAAGUUAUGCGCGCUUCUUCGUUCGCUGCUUCAUCCCAGUCACGAAUGAACCUGCACAUCACUGAAAGCAACCUCUCGCUCGUGGACUCAUUGAGGAGCGAGAUUAUCAAUGCCACGACACGCGACGUCGGCAUGGAAUAUCUUUCGGACGUCGGCGCCGGGAUUAAAUACAUGAAACUCGAAAUAAAGAGCCUGCAGAUUGAUGAUAUGCACCAAUCCUCAAUGUUCCCGGUCGUGGUGCGACUUUUGGGCGAGAUGCGCUCCAUGUCCUUCCUCUCAGUGAAAAUGGUGCAAAAGACAUCUGCAAGUCUGGGCCUUCGCGCCUAUCCGUUCGUUGACGUGCAAUUCACACCGCUUGAUAUCCAAUUUGCGGUGCACGAACCGCUGAUUUGGCGACUCAUUGAUUUCUUAAAAGUUUUUGAAGCUGAAGAAUCGACGAAGGACGAUCAGAGACUGGCGGUUGUCAACGCGCCCAUUCAAAUUGGAAAUUUCCACGUGAGCGCGAUUUCUCUGCGUCUAAGAUUCCGACCCGCGCUUUACUCCAGGCCAAAGCACGCGUUACCUACAUUUUUCUCCGGUGUGGCGUUCGUCAACAUUGACGACGGUCAACUGCAGUUGAAUCCGAUUCGAGUUGACCAUGUGAGAAUCCUGGAGGGCGCUUUCUGGACGAUGAUUUCAGACUCUUACACUCGGCAAGUCGCGAGACAAGCUCUUGUGCUCCUCGCAGGCGUCGACGUACUAGACUCCGUAUCACAGGCCUUCGGUCAAGCUUCGGCUGGAGUCGCGGCGCUGAGUCUUGACAGCAAAUUUUCUCGCUCAAUCAAAGCAGAGCUCGGCCCCGACUCUGUGAAAGCGGAUUCCAUCCAAGCUGGUUUGGCGACUGGCACGGAGAUGUUCGCAAAGGGUGUUUACCGAGGUCUCACUGGGGUCAUUCGGAAGCCAUUAGAAGGCGCGCAAAAAGGCGGUGCGUUCGGUUUCGUCAAGGGCGUAGGCAAAGGUUUAGUUGGCGCGGUGACGCAACCCGUCGCCGGUGGUUUAGCGGCCGUCGGUCGCGCGGCGGAGGGCAUCGCGGUCGGCGUCGAAGGUGUGAAGACAACGCUCGGCGUUAAUGCAUCAACGCCACAAUUACGAGUACGUGAACCUAGAGCUCAACACGCGGACGGUAUUUUACGUUCGUUCAACCAUCGGACAGCUCACGCACAGCACGCUUUGCGCACGGCUCAGCGAGGUAAAUUGGGUGUUGGCAUUGAAGAGGUCCUCACACGUAAAGGGUACUACAGUCAAGAUAAAUAUUUCGACAGCAUGGAAGUAGCUGCGAAGUCUAUGAUGGUUGUCCUCACGGACAAACGCGUGGUCGCCCUGACGCGAGUCUCGCGUGAAGACAAGUACUUCGCCCAGUGGCACGUCUCCUGGUCAGAGUUACUUCAUGUGGAGACGCAGGCGCCCGCACAUGUGGUUCUUCACCUGAAAGAGUACAGCAGGAAGAAGCGAAUUUUCGAAAAGCGCCGAAUCACCCGCAUCAUACCGACCACGCCGGGGACCGAUCAGGCUCAGCUGUUGGCAGACAUGAUCCAGGACGUGAUGAGGCGUCGUCGUUUAGUCCGCCUGGAAGCCGGAGACGAAGAGCUCGUUGAAGAUGAAGAUGGUUUGCCCGCCUUUAUCCCGUGUGCGAGCUGGAAGUGUGUGGUUCGAGUGGGACAAAAAGGCUUCUGGGCGCCAAUCUCUCCGUCGUCGAGUUACGUAGCUUUUGGACAUGUCAUUGGUGACGCGGAAGAACCUCCAUCAGAACCAGUGAGCGUCGUCCUGCGCAGCGGUGGCGGUUGCAUCGUCUUAAGUCCACCAGCGCGCUAUGAUCUCGUUUACCGCGAUCAUUCGAAUUUUACGGUUUGGUGGCCCAUCGCACCACCGCAGUACCGCCCUCUUGGCGCCGUCGUCGUCGCCGGAGUGGAGCCUCCGAGGCAAGAUGAAGUGAUCUGCGUACGAUCUGAUUUCCUCACGCUGACCAAGUUUGACGAUACGGUUGCGUGGAUUCCAGACGUUAACUGCAACGAAUAUAUGCGUACAUCUGAGCGAAAUCACUUUGAAAACGCAUCAAUGUGGUCCGUGGACAAUUUAGGGAAGACUUUUGUCCCUACUCGUUCGAGAGACUGCCCGAAAGACACAUUCGCACUCGACGUCAUCGACGCCGGCGGCAACGAAGAGGACAGAGAAAUGCUCAUGGGUUGA